AGGUAGAAAAAAAAAGCCACACACACCAAAACCUCCAGUCCGACAGAAGCCCUCUACACACCACGCUGUUAGAGAUCAAGCAGAGGAACCACAGAAAUCACAUUAAAGAUGGAGGACAUAGACGCCAUGUUUAGUGAACUGCUGGGGGAGAUCGACACCCUAACACAGAGUUUAGAGGUGGAAAUUGAACCCCCAGAGCCAAACCUUGAACCUCCAGGUUUGAAAGCAUCCUCUACCUCAGUCUUCGUCUCCCUGAACAACCUAGCAGACAAUGAUCUGGAUUCCCUCAUGGCCGACCUGGUUGCUGACCUAGGCCUGGUGGAGGAUGAAUUGACAGCAGAUAAAGGAACCCUCGUGCCACCACAAGAGAGACCACCCUGUCCUGCCUCGCCGUCUCUGGGCAACGUCAAGCCCUCAGAGUCUCCCCUUCCUCAGCUUUCCAAGCCAUCGCUGCUGGAAGAGACUGAAGCAAAGGAUAAGGCUGAUAAAAUUAAGCUCGCGCUGGAGAAGCUGAAGGAAGCCAAAAUUAGAAAGCUGGUCAUUAAGGUGGUCAUGAAUGAUGGCAGCUCCAAGGCGCUGAUGGUGGACGAGAAGCAGGCGGUCCGCGACGUGCUGGACAGCCUGUUCGAGAAAACGCACUGUCAGGCCAGCGUCGACUGGACCCUGUAUGAGACUAACCCUAUUCUGCAGAUUGAAAGAGUUUUAGAAGAUCAUGAAUUCCUGGUGGAGGGUCUGUCUGCGUGGACGCGAGACAGUGAGAACAAAAUUCUUUUUCUUGAGAGACCGGAUAAAUAUGCUGUCUUCAAAGAUCCCCAGAACUUCUAUCUUUGGAAAAAGAGCAAACAGAUUUUAAAAGAUGCGAACCAGAAAGAAAAGGACGUCCUCCUAAUGGAAAAUUUCAGUGGGCCUUCUGUCAUUGUGCCCGACCUUGAAGGUAUCCUCUACUUAAAAGAAGACGGCAAGAAGUCUUGGAAACGGCGCUACUUCCUUCUAAGGGCUUCUGGAAUUUACUACGUGCCAAAAGGAAAGACCAAGACGUCGUGUGACCUGGCGAGCUUCAUACAGUUUGACAACGUGAAUGUCUAUUACGGUAUGGACUACAAAAACAAGCACAAGGCUCCCACUGACUUCUGCUUUGUCCUCAAGCAUCCCCAGAUCCAGAAAGACUCCAACUACAUCAAGUACCUCUGCUGUGAGGACAAGUCCUCACUUGAUUUAUGGGUGACCUCCAUUCGCGUUGCAAAAUAUGGAGUGACACUGUUCGACAACCACAAGGCUGCCCUCAGUAGAACGACAUCCUCCUAUAGCAGCUGGACAAACCGGGCCACCUCCAACCAAUCAGCACAGCCCAGAAGCCCAAACGUUGCUGGUAAAGCUAAUGGAGCAGCUCCCCAGACUGCCCCCCCGCCAAAGCCUGUCACCACACGCUUCAAUGAACCCUCAAAAAAGGGUGACGGCAAUUGGAAGGAAGUUUUGAUUUGCCCCCCCCCACCUGCCACAGAAGACAUCUUGCCCUCCCCAGCACCAACCGAUCCUACUCUACCUCCCCCCCCUUCUCCUCCUGCCCACUGUUUCACGGACACCUCAUACAGGCAGCUAUCGGACAGCAUGCUGCCCCCUGCAGCUUUGGAUGAUCUCGACCCGCCUCCAGAUUUUAUCCCGCUCCCCCCUCCAGUGCAUGUGCUGAACUCAGCGGCACGUGAUCCCAGAGCCAGAUCUGUGGCUGGCCGGGGAAAAGUACCCCCCAACCCCCCCAAAAGAACCACGCCUGUUGGAGCACUGUCUACCAGUAAUGGCAAUGUGAUGUAAAGAGCAGUCAAAGGCCAUGCAAAGGGAAACAAGCCAGCAAUUCAAUUAAACAACCAUUAUCAGCUGACUGCCAUUUUAAUGAUCCUCUGCCAGAAUAUGGCAAUUUAUGAAUCAUAACUGCACAAAACAUGUGCAGCAAAUGAUGAUAAAUGUCAUGAAGUAUGUCUAUAUAUAAAUGCACAUACCUUUCCAUUUUAUAGCUGAAUGUAAUCAUUUGUAAUGCAUUAUAUUUUAAAUGAUUAUAUAUACAGUGUAUAUACAGUAUAGUGAUGUUUCUAUUAAGAAGAGGUAAAUUGACAAUAUAAUAGGAAUGAUGCCAUUAAUAUAUCUUAGGAUUUGCAAUGAGACCAUAUUCAAUCUCUACAUUAACUUCCAUCAAUCCAUUCAUUUUCCAAACCGCUUAUCCUACUGGGUCGCGGGGGGUCCGGAGCCUAUCCCGGAAGCAAUGGGCACGAGGCAGGGAACAACCCAGGAUGGGGGGCCAGCCCAUCGCAGGGCACACUCACACACCAGUCACUCUCACAUGCAUUCCUACGGGCAAUUUAGCAAGUCCAAUUAGCCUCAGCAUGUUUUUGGACUGUGGGGGGAAACCGGAGUACCCGGAGGAAACUCCACGACGACAUGAGGCGGCGACUCGAACCCGGGUCCCAGAGGUGUGAGGCAACAGUGCUAACCACUGAACCACCAUGGCAUUAACUUAAUUUUCAAAAUGCUACAUUAAACUUGUAUGUGUUACUUGAAUUAUGGAAUAAAGAACUUAUUUAGCUGUGUCUUUACAAA